AUGGCUCGAAAAACAUCGGACCGCACGGAAGCGGUCGAAUUGCUUACUAUUUUACGGGAAGAAGAGCCUUUGGGGCCUAAUUCGCUGAGCGAAGAUGGCAAAGAAAGCGGCCGAGCAACAGAUAAACCUGCGCAAAAGCAUAACCGCAAAAACAACACAGAGAACUGGAAAAGGUCACUAUAUCUGGGAUCGCUCUCCAGCAUAGUCGUACUUUUAUUCAAUAUUUCAUUCGUUGCCUGGGCCGUCUCACAUCAUGAUCUUACGAAUAACCGCGGCGUGUUAUUUACUGGGGGAUGUAACAAGGCGAAGAGAUUGAGUACUGGUAUUCAUUUGGUGAUCAACAUCCUCAGCACUCUCUUGCUAUGUGCAAGCUCAUAUACAAUGCAAUGUCUCUGUGCUCCUACUCGGGCAGAAAUCGAUCGUGCCCACCAAAAGAAUAAAUGGUUGGAUAUUGGUGUCCCCAGCAUGCGCAACCUAUUGCGGAUAUCGAAGAUAAAACUCGUUCUAUGGUCAAUUUUAUUGCUAUCCUCGCUUCCCCUUCAUCUAUUUUAUAAUUCCACUAUUUUCUCCACUAUUACCGAUCGUGAGUAUGAAAUCUUUGCUGGAAACAAGCCAUUCAGCAAUUUCAAUCCAGAUAAUGUUCGUCCGCCUCAUGAUUCGUUCCAUAAGAAUGGUUCCCUGUGGAUAAAUCCCUAUUUCUCCUUCUCUAGACUCGUCGAAAAAGGAGUUAACAAUGAGCUCUACCAUAUGAAUAAUGCCGAUUGCAUGUCUGCCUAUGCCACGAACUUUCAAUCAGAGUAUGGCAAUGUGCUUUUACUGACAGAUGAUUUCCACCCGAAUGAUACUGAUUUUGCAUUCCUGAUAUCUGAGAUGGUCUCUACGCCCGUGAGGGGGAACAAUCCGUACGGUUGGAUGUGUUGCGAUACAACGGCAUACUUCUGCAACCCUGACGGUUUAUGUCGCGAUCAGCUUCCAGCAAUCCGUGCCCAUCCGGACAAUUGGACGGUUAGUGGCUAUCGCGUGAAGUCCUGCUUGGCAGAGAAGCUUCCCGGAAAGUGCAAGCUAGAGUAUAGCCUUACUCUCGCUGUGAUCGUUAUCAUCUUCAAUAUUAUCAAAGCGGUUAUCAUUUGCGCCGUUGCUCUCACAAUGACAGACCUACCAAUCCUCACCACCGGCGACGCAGUCGCAUCCUUCCUAAAAGUGCCACAGACAACACCACGGGACAACUGCCUCAUGACCAGAAAAUUAGCCAAUAAACCAAUCUCCAGUCCUCUACCAUACAAUUCAAACCCCCAAAGAUGGGCCACAGCAGUAUCAAUUUCCCGAUGGACCACCUGCAUAAUAUCCUACACAACAGCCAUAGCAAUCUGCGUCGCCCUCCUCUGUUUUGGCCUUAGCCAAGUAAGCAACAAAGGCAAGAUCUGGUCCGGCCUCGGCAUCACAAACACUGAAACCCUCAUAAGUGGCGACGCCUGGCCGUCGUCCCUCCUCGCUAACACCAUCAUCGCCAACACCCCCCAAGUCAUCUUCUCCAUCCUCUACUUCGCCUCCAACAGCGUUUUCACGGCCAUGGCCCUCGCCGCCGAAUGGAGCAACAACGCCGUACAACGAAAGGGCCUCCGCGUCUCCACAGCCCCGCACGGCUCCCAGCGAACAACCUACUUCCUCUCCCUUCCUUAUACAUACGCUGUCCCUCUGAUAGUUCUCUCGACGCUCCUCCACUGGCUAAUCUCCCAAAGCCUAUUCCUAGUGAAUGUAGAAGCGUAUACGAUGGAGCUGGAGCGGUUACCAUUAUUCGAUUUCGCUACCUGCGGGUAUUCAGCUGUGGCGAUUGUAAGCGCUAUUUGCGUGGGUGGGUUUAUGCUUAUUUGUCUUGUUGGUAUGGGGUUUAGGCGGUUAGGGUCAGGCAGGCCUGUUGCCGGGAGUUGUAGUCGGGCUAUUGCUGCGGCGUGUUAUCCUUCUUCUGGGGAGAUGGGUAUAGAAACCAUGCCUUUACAAUGGGGCGUUGUGUAUUCGGAGUUAGAAAAUGGGAUGGAAGUGGGUCAUUGUGCGCUUUCGAACGAGGAGGUUGAGACGCCGGUUGAGGGGAGUUUAUAUAUAUGAUAUGGCUGGCCAUAUAAGGAAGUGUCGAACUUGUCUCCCGUCCGUAAGAUGUUCGAUCAUGCUUUAUUACGAGACACCGGUGAUCCUCAUGUCUUACAUUGUCC